AUUUGCUCCAUGCAUCACCAAUUAAGUCUCUAUUUUCCAUCCUUCUCUUCUCUGUGUUCUGUCAUAUAUCCAACAUGUCUCUCUCUGCUCUUUGUUCUCUUCUUCUUGCCACCACCUUGCUUCUCAUGCAAAGUCUGACAGACGCUGCAUGUUCCGAUUGUUUUGUAUCUUCUCGAGCAUCCUAUUACCCAAACUCUGAUGAACAAGGAACAGAUGUAGGUGCAUGUGGAUUUGGUUCCUUUGGUGCUACAGUCAAUGGCGGGGACGUCUCAGCUGCUUCUAAUCUCUAUCGAGAUGGUCUCGGCUGUGGUGCCUGUUACCAGGUGAGGUGUACGAACAGUGCUUAUUGCUCAGACAAUGGCGUGACGAUAGUGAUAACAGACCAAGGUUCAGGUGAUAACACUGAUUUCAUUCUCAGCAAAAGAGCCUUCACUAAGAUGGCUCAGACAAGUGAUGCUGCUGCCACUUUGCUGUCUUUUGGUGUAGUUGAUAUCCAAUACAGAAGAGUUUCAUGCAGCUACCCGUCCAAAAACAUCACUUUUAAGAUACAUGAAAGUAGCAGCAAUCCCCAUUACUUGGCCUUCGCCAUAGAGUACCAACAGGGAAAGACAGAUAUCACUGCUCUGCAGCUCUGUGAGACUCAGAACUUUGUGUGCAAGUUACUGAGUAGGAGUUCCGGAGCUGUGUGGAGUGUAAACUCUCCUCCAAGUGGACCAUUGUUAGUGAGGAUGUUAUUUAGUGAUGAUGAUGGAGAAGACACGUGGGUUGUUCCUGUGAAUAACAUUCCUCAAGACUGGAAGGCUGGACAAACCUAUGAUUCUGGAGUUCAAGUGAACCAGUAGAGACAAGAACACCAUAAUAUGAUGUAUUCAUUUGCCAUCUCUAUUUACUCAAACAAAUAAGUGAUCACAUUAAUUCUAGUGUUUAUUCCUAUAUCUUUGUUUGUUUGUUUGUUUUUUCUUCCGUUUGUAGUUUUGUGUUUCUCAUAACAAGUAGUGAUGGGAAUUUUCUUUUCUUCU